AUGGCGGCUGCCGUGGACGUCCCUUACCUGGCGACGCACCUUGGUGUGUCGCAAGACUCUUUGACGACCGUCGCGACCGCUCCGACCGCCGACCUCGUCCAGGCGAUCCUGGAAGCUGUCGCUACCAAGGCACAUGAAUACGACACUCUCUACUCAGAGAAGCUUCAGGUUGACAUCGAGCUCGAGAAUGUGGUGCGCAGCUCCGAGGCGCGCUGCCAGACCUUCAAGGUCACAGCCGACAACGCCCUGAAGGAAGUCGAAGAAGCGCGUAGAAAGCUUCAAGCUGAAGAAACUGCGCGACAGGCAAUCGAGAACGAGCUUCAAACUCUGAAGUCGUCCACUACUACUUCUAUCUCCGAGAUUGACACUUUGCGCGCUCGAAUUACUUCCCUUGAGACCUCGAACCGAGAGACGCUUGCCAUUCUCGACUCCAAGAACGCCGCAAACGCCGAGCUGUCAGAAGAGCUUCAAAAGCAGCAUCAGAAGAACCUCACGCUCAACCAGAAGCUCACUUCCCUGCAGCAGGAAGUUCAAGCUGCCCAGUCGACAGCCAACAGCGCGAAAUUCCGCGAGUCCUCCCUCCAGCAAGAACUCGAAUUUGCCAAGAGAAAUGCCGACUGGCUCGAGAACGAACUGAAGACCAAGAGCAAUGACGCUCUCAAAUACCGCAAAGAGAAAGGCGCGCGGAUUGCCGAACUUCAACGUCUGAACGAAGAGGCCAAUUCGACUAUUGACUCACUCACCCGAAGCGAGCAGCAGCUUCGCUCAAGACUUGAGGAUGCUCAGAGAAAGGCGGACGAGGCGCUCUCCAAGGUCCAGCAGCUUCAGGAGGCCGCUGCCAGGAGCGAGGAGGGCUUUAGAGCCGAGAUCGAGUCCUCGAGGCGUUUGGUCGAGCUGAAGGAGCAGCAGACCGAGACACAUCGCAACAGACUCAGAGAGGUCGAGCUGAGACUCGAACAGGUCAAAGAUGAGGCUGCGGAGGAAAUUCGGCGGAUACGGCAAGAUCUUGAGAGCGUCCAAACUGCUCUUGCCAAAUCUGAAGAGGAUGUCCAACAGCUGCAGGCCGAAAAAGACCAGCUUGCUUCACGACCUCCACCCGACUCUGCGCCCCAAACGCCUUUGCGCAACGGAUCUCAGCUACGAGCUGCCUCGCCUUUCGCCACACCAGGUUCAAUAGUGCGCGGACUGGGGAAGUCCUCCAUCACUGCCACCCAGGCCAUGGAUGAGUUGUAUCGGGUCAAGACCGAAUUGAACACCGAGCGACGCCGGACGCAACAACUGUCACAAGAGCUGGACGAGAUGAUGACAGCGUUGGAGGCCAAGGGACCGGAAAUCGACGAUCUCCAGCAAGAGGCUGAGCGGCUGCGAAAUGAGAACAUCCAGAUGACUCGCAUCGCCGAUGAGAGUUAUCAGGAGCGCGAUAUCGCCAAGAAGGCGGCGAGGAAGGCUGAGGCGGCCAAUAAUACCGCUCAGGCCGAAAUCAAGAUACUCCGCGCUCAGUUGAGAGACCUCAGCACGCAGAUUCAGCUACUCGUUUUCAACCUUCAAGCGCAGGAGAAGGGCUUCGACCAGCUCACGGAGGACGAGCUUCGCCAAUUCGAACGCCUACAGAAGGGCCAGGUUGCCGAAAACUCGCUUGAUGACAUGUCUGACGCCCAGCAAUUCAUUUCGGAGAAGUUCAUCGCGUUCAAGAACGUGUAUGAACUCCAACAGCAGAACGAGGAGCUCACCAAGGUUGUGCGCGAGAUGGUCAGCAAGAUGGAGAGCGAAGAAGAGUUGGCCAAACAGCAACAGGCCGCCAGUGAUCACGAGGAGCUCGAGAAGCUCCGAGAGACUGUGGUUAAGCUCCAGGAAGAGUCUCAGUCUGUCAAUCUCCGACUCAAGAGUUAUAUGACUGAACGAGACAUGUUCCGUCGCCUCUUGCAACAGAAAGCUAGCGCUGCUGAGAUCAAUUCCGUUCUGGGUAACUCCAUGGACGGCAGUCACAGGGAGGUGCUUGCUAGCAUUGAGCAAACCUCGAAUGUCGACGAAGGCGAUCUUACCAUCGCACUGAGGGAGCUGCAGAACAACUUCGACGCCUACCGCCAAGAACAGGGCGUGGAUCGUCAGACCUUGCGGGAGCAGGCCGACAAGCUCUCGGCAGAGAAGAACUCGCUUCAUGCUGAGAUUGCGAGAUUGAACAGCCAACUACAACUUGCCACCGAGCGUUUUGAGAUGCUGCACUCCAACUUUACAGCCCUGCAGACCGAGAACAAAGAACUGCAGAAGCGAAAUCAGCAGCUUUCCGAGUCUGCCGCCAAACAGGAUAUCCGCACUCAGCAGGUGGCUGAGGACCUCGUCGAGGUCCGCGGCCAGGUGGAGAGCUUGCGAAGCGAGAAUGCAAACCUCAAGGCAGAGAAGACGCUCUGGAAGGGCAUUCAGGAACGCCUCAAUUCAGACAACGAGGGUCUGGCGCAGGAGAAGGCACGUCUCAAUCAGCUGCUCACUGAUAUGCAAAAUAUCCAAAACCAGCGUGAGCUUGAUGAUGCGGAGAGUAGGCGACGAUUGCAAGCUCAGGUCGAUCAUCUGGAGGCGGAGCUCAACACAACAAAGCGAAAGUUAUCCGAGGAGACUGAAGAAGCCAAGAAACUUCAACUUCGAAAAGAGUAUGAGGCGCAGCAAGCACAGAAGCGCAUUGAUGACCUCAUGGCCAGCAUCAGCCAGAGUAAGGAGGAACUCAUUGCGACCAAGACCAGCCGGGAUCAUCUCCAGGCACGUGUCAAUGAGCUCACGAUUGAGCUCAGAAGCGCCGAAGAGCGCACGCAGCGUCUGCAGCCACGGCCGACACCCAGGGCACCAGUCGCACAAGACACUGCCGAUGACAACGACUCAGAGGCUCGCAUCCAGGAACUCGAGGAGGAAGUAUCUGAGCUCAAGCGUGACCUUGAUAUUGCCAAAUCUCGACUGGAGGCCGCAGAUGCGCAGGUCGAGUCCUUCAAGCAACUUGCCACGGCUGCCGAAGAGGAUCUCAACAACCUCAAUGAGUCCUACGCCUCUUACCAGGAGGAGAUGGACUCGAGCGUGAGCACUCGAGAUGCCAAGAUCAAGGAGUUGGAGCAGAGAGUCGAGGCAAUCUCAACGGAGCUCACCAACACCAACAAAGAGCUUUCCACCGUCCGCGAUUCCCAAGCCGACGUGUCUAGAAGAUACGAGGACGAGAAGAAAAUCCUCGAAGCCGAGAUCGCACGUCUCAAGGACGAGGAAGAGAAGUUCAAGGAAUCUGCCAAAUGGCACCAGUCCGACCUUCGCGAACAAGCCGACAUUGCUGCCAAGGCCCAGAAAGCUUACGAGGACGAGCUUCUCAAGUAUGCCGCUGUUGUCACACAGCUGCGGGAGCUGCGCGACGAGUACAACUCGUUCAGGACCGAGGCAGCAACCUGGAAGUCGGAGGCAGAAUCUGCCAAGGUUAUGCUCGCCCAAGGAGAGAACUCAUGGGAAGAGCGUCGACAACAACUUGAGCAAGAAAUCUCUGAGCUGAAGACGCGAAGAGAGGAUGCAAACGCACAGAACAAGCUGCUUCAUCAACAGCUCGAGAGCGUUACGGCACAGAUCGCGACGCUCCAGCAGAGCCGCGCCUCGCUCGGCGAUAUCGGUCCGGGCACUCCAUCCACUGCGGCUGACACUGCAACGGAGGGCCUGCGUGAGCUUAACAACUACCUGAGACGCGAGAAGGAGAUCCUCGAAGUUCAAUACGAUCUCAAGACCCAGGAGGCCAAGAGGCUGCAGCAGCAGCUCGAGUACACCAAGUCUCAGCUUGACGAAGCUUCCCUCAAACUUGAACAGGAGCGUCGGCAACAAGCCGAUAGCAGCCGUGCAUCGCUGACGCAUCAAGAGUUGAUGAACAAGCUGAACGAACUGAACCUCAUCCGCGAGAGCAACGUCACUCUUCGAAACGAGACUCAGCAGGCCCAAGCUCAGCUGGUGCAAAAGACGGCUAAGAUCGAGGAGCUGGAGAGCAGGAUACAGCCUCUGGAUGCGCGGAUCUCAGAGCUCGAGAACCAGAAGACCUUUGUCGAGGAAGAACUGAAACAAGUACAGGAGGACCGAGAUAGGUGGCAGAAGCGAACUGAAGGCAUCCUGUCCAAAUACGGCCAGAGCGACCCUGCCGAGACGGAGCAGCUCAAGUCCACAAUCGCCGACCUUGAGGCUGAGCGUGACUCGCUCAAACAGACUGAAGAGUCACUGAAGCAAAAGAUCCAAGAGCUGGAGACCAUCCUGGCAACUGAACGUAAUGGGUGGAAGGAGUCGCGAAGCAAGCUUGUUGACCAGGCCAAGACGAAAGCCCGAGAGCAAAAUGAGCGUAUCCGGGAGCUCACAGCGCAAAAGAAUGAGCUGCAAGAGCAACUCAAUUCUACCGCCGAAAAGCUCACCACGACUGAGAACGACCUCGAGACGGUUCGAGCCGAGGCCGGCGCCCUGCAGGAGCAAGUCAACUUUCAAACUCGGGAUUCAGUCGCGACGCCGCCUCCGGAGCCAGUUAUUCAACAGGCAGUCGAUGCCGCGGACAACGCAGAGUGGCAGCAGACCGUGGCCAAUCUGCGUGGCGAGCUUGAGACGGUCUCGGCGCAGAAAGCGGGGAUGGAGGUUGAGCUUGAGAAUCUACGCUCGCAACUGGCAACGGCUAUUGCCGAGCGCGACCAGGCACUUCGAGAUGCUCAAGCAGCCGCCCAGUCGCAACAGCAGUCUUCCAGCGGUCCGGAUACAGCGAUGCAAAACGGCACGGACGUUCCUCAGGCUGCGGGAGCAACAUCUGGUUUGAGCGAGGAAGAGCGAAAGCAGCUGGAAGACAAGAUCGCGGCGGCAGAGGCAAAGGCUGCCGAGUUUGAGGAGAAAGCGAAGCAGAUCGAGGACAAGAUGGAGACUACUCUAAAGGAGAGGUCCAACAAGAUGAAGGAUGCCCUCAACAAGAGAUUGAAGGAGUCGAAGGAGCAGCAAACUCAGGAACUGGAGGAGACCAAGACCAAGCUCCAGGAAGAGUACAACCUUCGACUCGAGCAGGAGAAGAAGAUCUGGGCUGCCGAGAACGCAUCUGCAGCUGUCGAUCAAAAGCCCGUGCCUGCCACGCCCUCCAAGCAGGCGGACGUCCCGCAGACACCAGUCACCGGCACACCAAGUACUGCCGACCUGGCCAGCCUCAGCGAUGCAGAGACUCGUGACUUGCUAGCGAGCAACGCGACCAUCAAGAGUAUUGUUACCAACAAUGUCAAGAAGAAGGUCGAGAUCGAAACCAAGAGGAUUCAGGAGGAAGUUGAGCAGACUCUCAAGUCCGACUACGACGGAAGACUCAAAGAGGCGCGCGAACAGGGCCAGCUCAUGGCAGAGAAAAAGGCCUCUCUCCGAAUCAACAUGGCCGAGAAUAAGUUCAAGUCCGCCAAUGCGAAGAUCGAGGUUGUUCAGACCGCUGCCGAGUCAACCCCCCAGAGGCCUGUUGGUGAGGUCUGGGCAAUCGCCAAGGUCGCGAAGCCCGCCCCUGCUACGCCGGCUGCUGCCAAACAAGCACCGCCUUCAACUGGCACUGCUGCUUCUUCUGCAGCUCCCACUCCAACUACCGGCAGCAAUGCUGGCGCCAACAAGGCGCAGCCAACACCGACGGGUCUACCCCAGGCGCCGGCGCCUGCUCCUGCCACAAACAACCCCUUCACUGCUCAGGCGUCUAACAAUCAAGCUCCUGCUGGGGCAAACCCCUUCACUGCCAACCAGCAGCCACAACCGGGCACUCAGCAGAGCCAGCCCCAGCAGCAGAACCAGCCCCAGCAGCAGAACCAGCCCGGCGGCGGUCCGGCUCGGAGCGGUAUCCCUGUUCCUGGUGGAAGUGGCAUCCCCGUUCCUGGUGGCGGUAGAGGCGCUGCGGGCCGUGGUGGUCCCCCUAGAGGAGGGCUUUACCAGGCCGGUCCUCGCGGUGCAGCUGCUGCUGCGCGCGGCCGUGGACAAAAUCGCAAUGUCAGCGGAGGCGGUCCCCUAAACCCCAACGCAGACAACUUUGCUCCAGGUAACAAGCGGCCUCGAAACGACUCGGAAGCCGGCGCUGGAAACACCAAGCGGCCUCGGGGCGGGGGCGGCCCUGGCGCUCACUAG